UGACUUAUCAGGUGGUUGUCCGUCAGGAGGAGAGAGAGGGCAGACUCUCCGCUUUCCCUUUUACAAUCUCUCUUUAUCCCCAGUCAACAACUGAGUCCGGCUGACCUGUUGAAGUCCGACUUGCACACACGUUAGCAGACCAACCUGAGGGGAGAGAAAAGUGGAAGUGGUGGUGGAAAGUUGUCGAGUUAGUCGUCUCCCCCUCCCUUAACAACUAGCUAACUGCCACUUUCUCACAGCAGCAGCAUGGCUGGCGGUUCGGUGUCCGAGUGUAAGGAGUAUCUGUUCAAAGUUUUGGUGAUUGGGGAACUGGGUGUUGGAAAGACAAGCAUCAUCAAACGAUACGUCCACCAGCUCUUCUCACAGCACUACAGAGCCACAAUCGGCGUCGAUUUCGCCCUCAAAGUCAUCAACUGGGACAGCAAAACAUUAGUUCGACUGCAGUUAUGGGAUAUAGCAGGUCAGGAGCGGUUUGGGAACAUGACCAGAGUAUACUAUAAGGAGGCCGUGGGAGCAUUUGUGGUCUUUGAUGUGACCAGAAGCUCCACAUUUGAGGCUGUGUCAAAGUGGAAGCAUGAUUUGGACAGCAAGGUGAAACUGGCCAAUGGCAGCCCUAUCCCCUCUGUCCUGCUGGCCAAUAAAUGUGACCAGAAGAAAGACGGGUCUAACAAUGCCUCCCUCAUGGACAACUUCUGCAAGGAAACUGGCUUUCUGGGCUGGUUUGAGACGUCAGCUAAGGAGAACAUAAAUGUUGAUGAGGCAGCCCGGUUCCUCGUGGAGAACAUCCUCCUCAAUGACAAAGGGCUUCCAUAUGAGGAGAGCAAUGGCGAUCGCAUCAAGCUGGACCGAGAGGCCGCACCUGCGGAGAGCAAGUCAGGCUGCUGCUAGCGUCAGGCCUCUUUGGUCCACUUACCCUGUCAUACAGGAGGGGAUAUCAUCCAGGGUCUAAGACCCCGGUCCUUCUUGCCCAACAUCAGCCUCCCUCCAUCCUUCUCACCUCACCUCCACCCACCCACCCAAGGGCACAAGCACAUGUCCUGGCCUAUGAGUAUUGUCUCUCCAGGUGGAAAUCAUAGCCAUGAAGAUGAUGCCUUGUGUGUUGACCACUCCAUUUCUCUCAUUCUCUUUCUUCAUGCCUUUCUCCAAUUUUGAAGAACCAUGUGAGAACUGUAUAUUUGUAGCAAAGCCUCUUAAAGUGUCAGUCCAGUGAAUUUUGUUUUGUUUUGCAUUUUUGUUACAUUACUGGGAAAAAAUGCAAUCCUAUGGCUGUCAUAGGAGGGUGUACCAAGUACAUCUUUCUGCUAUAUACAAGUUAAGCUGGCAAUGGGUUUGCUGCAGAGAGCGAGCAGUUUUUGUGUGCAAUGAUCAAAAAGUCAGAAAGUAAUAGAACUAUCCCUGCGAGGGUUAGCCAGCAACAUUUUUAAUUUGGAGGUAAAAACAAAAAGGUCUCAUGUAGUUAAAAGUGGAAUUCAACUAUAAGGCAUUCACCUGGGGAAAGGCUUGUUAAUGUUUUCUCUUCUGCUCUCAAAAAAACUUUUUAUUUAAAAGUUUUGAUAUUUUGUUCAAUUAUUAUCUGUAUUUCCUUUUCUUACUUUCUCUUUUUGUCUUUUUGCAGUCUAUCAGUUGUCUCCCAGAGUUCAAGCGUAAGAAACUUAUUACAGAGAAGAACAUUGUCCAGAAUGUCAAAGAAAACAAAAUACUAUCCUCUUGUGGGAGGUCUGUCAGAGGCAUAUGUGUAAGCACUAACUGGAAAU